CAAUACAGUCCUAUCUGUUCUACCGAUCGCUUUUCUAGAUUCUGCACAGUGGCGCCCUCUCUGAAUGACCCACGCGUCUGUACGCAUUCACACGACACAGCUCCUGGAAUCAUGGCGGACGGUCACAGCCACAACAAUCAUGUCCCUGUUUUGCUUUCAUUUUCGGCGUUUUCGCGGCCGUCCUCUGUGCCUGUUGGUUCUGGAUAUGAAGUGCUCAUUCAAAAGUUUUUGUCAAUCUACGGACGCCAGAUUGACCUCCAUCGUAAAUUCAUGAUUCAAUUGUAUUCGGACGAGUGGGCACAGUACAUUGAUUUGCCGAAAGGAUUCCUCAUAUCUGAGAAAUGCAAGCUACGAUUUGUUCCUUUGGAAACGGAUGUGACAGUACUGGGGAACCUGAUCCCUGCCACCACGGUUUUCUUCUGCUGUGACAUGCAGGAAAGAUUCCGCCCAGCUAUCAAGUACUUCGGUGACAUCAUCAGUGUGGGACAGAGGCUGCUUCAGGGGGCUCGUAUCCUGGGGAUUCCCGUCAUUGUGUCGGAGCAGUACCCCAAAGGCCUGGGUAGCACGGUGCAGGAGAUGGACCUUACUGGAGCCAGGCUGGUGUUCCCUAAGACCAAGUUCUCCAUGGUGCUGCCUGAGGCUGAGGCAGCCCUGGCCGACCUGCCGGGGGUCCGCAGCGUGGUGCUGUUCGGGGUGGAGACCCAUGUGUGCAUCCAGCAGACAGCCCUAGACCUGCUAGCUAGGGGUUUCGAGGUGCACAUGGUGGCAGACUCCACCUCAUCCCGUAGCAUGAUGGACAGAAUGUUUGCACUGGAGCGAAUGGCUCGCACCGGGAUCAUUGUCACCACCAGUGAGUCUGUCCUCCUCCAGCUGGUAGGCGACAAGGAGCACCCGAAAUUCAAGGAGAUCCAGAAUAUCAUCAAGGCCAGCGCCCCCGAGUCUGGCUUGCUUUCUAAGGUCUAGACUAGGCCACAUGGUCAAAAAGGAAAAGGUAGAUUGAGGGUAGGGAUAUCUGUGAUAUUUGUUGCUUAAUAUAUUUUUGGAGUUAUAAUUGAAUUAUAUGUACCCAUUUGAUUCUUGAAGAAUAUAACUUGGAAAUGCCUCAUGACCUUAGUUCAGCUGUCACAGUCCAUGAGAACCCAAAAUAUAACCGUAUUUUAUUCCAAUGUUUGUAAACAACAAUAUAUAUAUUGCAUCCAUAGCUCUGUCUAUGGAUUUGAGUGGUUAUGUUUCACCAGCCCCUCCCUUAUCUUUUUUUCUGCUGAUUUGACGCUUUAAGGUGAAUUGGGGGAUGGACCAGUUUUCAGUCCUGGUCUGGGAAGGGGAUGGACCAGUUUUCAGUCCUGGUCUGGGAAGGGGAUGGACCAGUUUUCAGUCCUGGUCUGGGAAGGGGAUGGACCAGUUUUCAGUCCUGGUCUGGGAAGGGGAUGGACCAGUUUUCAGUCCUGGUCUGGGAAGGGGAUGGACCAUUUUUCAGUCCUGGUCUGGGAAGGGGAUGGACCAUUUUUCAGUCCUGGUCUGGGAAGGGGAUGGACCAGUUUUCAGUCCUGGUCUGGGAAGGGGAUGGACCAGUUUUCAGUCCUGGUCUGGGAAGGGGAUGGACCAUUUUUCAGUCCUGGUCUGGGAAGGAGAUGGACCAGUUUUCAGUCCUGGUCUGGGAAGGGGAUGGACCAGUUUUCAGUCCUGGUCUGGGAAGGGGAUGGACCAUUUUUCAGUCCUGGUCUGGGAAGGGGAUGGACCAGUUUUCCGUCCUGGUCUGGGAAGGGGAUGGACCAGUUUUCAGUCCUGGUCUGGGAAGGGGAUGGACCAGUUUUCAGUCCUGGUCUGGGAAGGGGAUGGACCAGUUUUCAGUCCUGGUCUGGGAAGGGGAUGGACCAGUUUUCAGUCCUGGUCUGGGAAGGGGAUGGACCAGUUUUCAGUCCUGGUCUGGGAAGGGGAUGGACCAGUUUUCAGUCCUGGUCUGGGAAGGGGAUGGACCAGUUUUCAGUCCUGGUCUGGGAAGGGGAUGGACCAGUUUUCAGUCCUGGUCUGGGAAGGGGAUGGACCAGUUUUCAGUCCUGGUCUGGGAAGGGGAUGGACCAGUUUUCAGUCCUGGUCUGGGAAGGGGAUGGACCAGUUUUCAGUCCUGGUCUGGGAAGGGGAUGGACCAGUUUUCAGUCCUGGUCUGGGAAGCUCAUUGCGUAUGCAGCAUUUCACUCCAGAUGGAUUAAAUAUUGUGAAAAUCUAACCUUGUUGUAGGGAAGAACUUGUUAACCUUGUUGUAGGGAAGGACUUGUUAACCUUGUUGUAGGGAAGGACUUGUUAACCUUGUUGUAGGGAAGGACUUGUCUGGAACUGUAAGUGCUCAUUGAGGUGAUGUCAUAGGACCACUACAUUUCCACUGACCAGUUUCAUGUGGGUUUGAUAAACACUGGGUCUCAGACUAGGUUUGGGAAACCUUGGCUGGGCUUAUUUGUGUACCAAUGAUAUUUAUGCACUGAGCUUUCCAGCCUGCCCGAGCACAUGGGUGAUUAAGUGCUUGCUUCAUGUGACUGGUAUAUUGUAUGUGAGUCAGGGUAUGAUGAAUAAAUAUGAUAUAUUUCCUAAUG